AUGGGUUUUCGCUCGUGGGAUCUGUACGAGUAUCCGCUGUUACAGAGCACAACGUCUCAUUCGUGGGCUGUAAAAGCGGCGACACAGUUGGAAAAACCGCGUUACAUCAUUUUUGCGUUGCAGACCGGUCGAAAGAAUGUUGUCAGCCGAGAUUGCUCACGAUUCGAUCAUUGCAACUUAUCCAAUGUAAAGUUGUUCCUAAAUUCGGAUUUCUAUCCCUACGACGAUUUGAAUCUAGAUUUUGGUAAGGAACGAUACGCCAUUUUGUACGACAUGUACAUCAAAUUCAGACGAUCCUACUACGGAUGUGACGAGGACGAGUCGCUUCUAACGUUGGACAAGUUUAUCUACUGCGGACCGCUCGUAGUCAUCAACUGUUCGCGCCAAAACGAAACGGUCAAGAGCGCCACCGUUGACGUUCGCAUUGAAUUCAACUGCAAAGAAAAUGUACCCACCGAUACAACCGCGUACUGUCUGGUUAUACACGAUCGUAUCGUCGAAUACAACCCGCUGACCAGCGUCGUGCGACGUAUCGUUUAG